UUACCGCCUUGCUUACUAGCUUCAUCUUUCUCCUUCUCAACCUUAUGACCUCUCCAUCUUUUUUCAUACUUUCCGUCCUUUCAUCAUUCCAUUUCGAUUGUCGACUCAAAUCGAUCUCUUUUGUUAUUCGAAUUUGAUGUUAUGUUCGAUGAAUUCUGGAUUUUCACUAAUACUUUUCGUAGUCUCGAUCUUUCUUAGCUCUUUCCCUGCUGCAGCAGUCACUGUCCAAUCAAUUCAAAUAUACCGAACUCAUGACUGGUUAAAGACACCGACAAUAUAUUUUCAUUGCAAUGGAGAGAAUAAAACUGUUCUUCCUGAUGUGAAGAAGGCCAAUACUAUAUAUACUUUCAAAGGAGAAGAAUCAUGGCAGCCCUUGACAGAAUUUUCAAGUAAGAAGUGCAAGAGAUGUGGGUUCUAUGAAAAGGACUUAAUUUUUCCUGAUGAUAAAUUUGAUGAAUGGAUGUUUUGUCCUUCGGACUUUACAGCCGAUGAUGGAAUAUAUACUCUUGUUAAAGAAGGAGAAUUAAAUGUGACUUUCAGUUGUUCCACAUGUGUACAUAUGGGUGCAGAAUACUCUGCCUCUGGUUCAGAUACUAAAGGAAACGGACUAAGUGUUGGUAUUGUUAUACUUAUCAGUGCUGCUGUUACUGUCUUUGUCAUAAUUGCCUUCAUCGGAGGUUAUAAGUAUUGGCAGAAGAAGAAGAGGCAAAAUGAGCAAGCACGUUUUCUGAAGCUUUUUGAGGAUCAUGAUGAUAUCGAAGAUGAAUUAGGUCUUAGGGAUGUUAUAUGAUAGAUACCACAGAAUACCAGUCUACUGCACCUGAACUACCUGUAUAGAUCAAAACUUUAUGGUUGUGAUUUCAACCUCAGAAAUAUAUUGUGUGCUUGAUGUUUUUGUAGUUUUGGCUAUACUCCCCCUUUUUAAACUACUAUCACCCAUACUGAGGUUAAAGUACCAGAUAAUGUAGACUA